AUGGCAAGAACAGCCAAACCUGGUGCAUUUGCUAUUGUUUUACACGAUCACAAAAGCGUCUAUCGUUUGGGCGACUCACUCAAAGGACAUGUUUUGCUUUCACAUAGCGAACCGCUUACGCUAAGAGUAUAUAACUGCGCCCUUGAACCCAUAUUUGGUCAAGUCCAUGUCAAAGUACAUAUACCUGUACAUGGAGCUGGCAGGAUAUGGGUUAAUGCACUUGCUGUUAUAUUUGAACCUCUAGAACGAGAAGAAGAAAGAGCGAUAGGUUGUUGCAAUAAAACUGGUAAUUUAUCAAUAAAAAUAGAAUUGGACAAAAAAGGCUAUCAACCCGGUGAAAGCAUGUAUAUAAAUAUGCAGCUACAUAAUAAUAGUAGAACUAGGAUAUCAUCAGUGUCAUUACUAUUAGUUCAGAUAUCGUCAUUUACGGCGUCACCUCCAGGCCUGAGUGGCGCUAUAGCAAAGGGUGUCUUUGGUAGAGCCACACAAACUAGGUCAUGUAGGCAGGUUAUGAGCAGACUUGAAGAGGAAGGAUGUGGAGCAAGAAGUUCAAAAAGUUGGGUUCAAAAAGAACUCAAGAUUCCAAUUGCCUGCGCAACGACGGGACUAGAAGGAUGUGCAUUCAUUGACGUGAAAUACCACGUCGAGUUGCAGGCCUCAUUCACAGGGUUUUGUAAUCCAGAUUUAAUUAUGAAAUGCCCAGUAACACUUGGAGUAUUUAAUAGACAUAGGCGGAGACAUCAUCAUCAUCAUAGACAUCACAAUCAUCAUAAUGCUUCUGGUGGAAUCAAUUCUACAGCAAAUACAACUGGUACAACUGUUCCAACAUCCGAGGGUCUACCAGCUGAUCUUAGUGCAAUGCAAAGCCAAAUAGAACAAAGCUUAAACUUAUCAGCUGGUGAUGUUCUUGCUAUUGUUUAGACAUGGAGUCGUUACAAACACUGUUUGACCACCAAAUGAACUCUAAAUGUACUAUUUAUUACAAAACAUGGUGUAUCCAAUGUUUUCCGGUGAUAUUCUGCAGUAUUGUUGCCAUGUGUGUCCACAAUAAUUACAUUGAUGAAAUGUAACACUGAAUGACAUAAUUUGCAAGAUCUACAACAGAUCUUUGGAAUAUGUGGUGAAAGGAAUCGCUCCAAGGAAUUCUCGCAAUGUAUGAAUGUCAGCGCCAUUAUAAAGCCAACAUGUGCUUCCAUGUACCCAUAGAACCUUGCCAACUGUAGGAAUAUUGCCUUAAUAAAAUGUUCAAAGUGCCAAAUGUGCCAACUAUUUGCUGAUUCCUGCUUGUACUACCAUGGAUUAGCUACACCAGUCGACAGAAUAUUCCCUCAGCAGAAGUAAUCCAUGACACAUUAUAUUCAAAAUAUUCGACAGUCAGUGAUGCAAAGUAGCCAUUUCAUAGCACUCCAACGUAAGGCAUUGGCUUUAAACUAAUCGCUGAGAAACCAUAUCCCAUGAUGAUAUUGUAUGAUACUUCAUACUGUGUAUAGUAUACCAACCAGGAAUAUAAGGGAAGAUUACUACCCUAUAAAGUAGAAUACUCAUUCCAGCCAUCAACUGACACUGCAGUACAGUAUUAGUUUUUUGUAGAAAAAGUAAGAAAGGAGGGAGGGAAGGAAGGAAGGAAGAGGGGUAUUCAGUCAUCAUGCUUUAUUUAUUUUAUUACUUUGUUUUUAUUUUUUACAAAAAUGAAGUUACAUUGUAACCAUGUAAGUUUAAUGUUAUGCCGCAUUCUGAUGUAUUUUAUACUUUAUGGCUUAUAUGUUUUUUUUUUAAUAUAUGUGUCUAAUACGCGCCAGGCAUUGUGUAGCCUGCCACCUAGCAACUGCCCAUUUCAAAAUGGCUGACUACCAGCUUCUAUGUUUCUACUAUUUUUACUAUGUACUUACGUGAGUAACAUUAUGAUACCUUGAAAACAAAUUUCUGACUCGCAAA